AUGGAACCCGUCAACAAAUCUGGAAAACGGAGACGUGGAAGACGUAAAAAUAGCGCACGGAGCCCCGGAUCUCCCCCGGACGGGCGCAUGUUUCCAGCUGUCGGGAUCCCGGAGCAGCUGGAGGAGAGACAGGGUCUGUCGGCGCUCCACGUGGCCUGCCUCUACGGCCAUCUGGCCAGGGUUCAGCUCAUCCUGGAGUCCAGGCCGGGAUGGGAAUGGAUGGACCGCGGCGACCUCCAGGGUCGCCGGCCUGUUCACAUGGUCCUGUCGUCCCGGAGCUCACCCAACACCUUCGCCUGCCUCACGUACAUGGUGGAGCGCGGGGCCGACGUCAACGCCACCACAGACUCAGGGACGACCCCGCUGCACCUGGCCGCCUCCGAAGGGCUGCUGGACUGCACGGAGACCCUCACGCAGGCCGGGGCGGAUGUAUCGGUCCGGGACUGCAUGGGACACACUGCUCUGGAUUUGGCCCGCAUCUGGUGCCGCAGGAAGGUGGCCAGGUAUCUGAAAAGCUGCAUGUGGCAGACCGGAAAGAAGAAAGAGAUGCAGGAGAGGAAGCUGGUUCACACUUUGUACAGCGAUCUCGUGGAUGCGGUCAAACUGAUUGAUCUCGAUAAAAAGCCACUUGUAGACAAGAAGACGGCAGAGUGGGCCAACAAAAAAGGUCUUCCUCCCCUGAAGGAUUUCUCCCCCAGUGUCUUGGUGAGUCAGUACCACACCAAGUGCCUCUCGUCAGUUCAGGGCAGUCCUCAUCCAAAACAGCCAUUAAAGCAGCAGUCAGAAGGUCCUCUGCAGGACCAGAGCACCUCCGCUGAGCGACCUCCAGCCUCACCCUCCAGACCUUGGACCAUCUUCAUGGGCCUCCAGCCGGAGGAACCCCUCAGAGAGCCGGACCUCCGGGACAAAGUGUCGGUGUGGAGGGACAGUGGCGGCAGCAUGCAGCCGCACUACACAACCCAGUGGGACAGCACCCAUCGCCCCGCCCCCGACGUGUCUCUGGACGUCCUGGAGAGGGUGUUGUUCCCCAGAGCCUUCCCCUCCAGGAUCGCCUCCCUUCGGUCCUUUGAGCCACAGGACAUUGUGGAGGUCCAGCACAGAGGAUACCCCCAGGGGCGGAGCACCUCCCCCUGGACAGAGGUGGCCAUGCACCUGGCUGAAGUGCUGGAGCCCGGACACUACUGA